AUGCCGCUCGUGUCGUGGGUCGUGCAUCGAAAAGAUGGGCGACGACUUGUGCCUCGUUCCGUCACUGCGGAGCGCUUUGGAUGCCGUGCGCCAUCCGAUCAUUGGCACGAGAGCGAAGGACCGCACACGGCGGGCGAGCGGAACCAGUGCUUUACAUUGUGGAUCCACACUGCAUCCGUGGGCGAGUCGCUGUCGGCUUUACCGCUUGUUGAGCUGGCACUAAACACGCCAAUGCUGGACGACGUGUUGGCUUCGCGGGCUUGUCGAGAGCAGAAACAAGUGCGGGUGUUGCUGUCUACGUCCACAACUGCAGCUCGACAGGUGGUCACGGACCGGAUGAAAGACCAUCACAACGUCACGUGUGUGUUGGCUCCUCUGGACCACUUGUCGUGCGUUCAGCGGUUCUACGAUGCCUGGCAACCCGAUGUCGGUAUCUGGAUCGAGUCGGAGAUUUGGCCAACGCUGAUCGCCGAAGCUGCUCGACGAGGCAUCCGCAUUGGUCUACUGAAUGGGCGAAUGUCUGCUCGGUCGUUUCAGUUUUGGCGACUGCCGGGGAUGCGCGAGCUUUCGACGAGUGUUGUUAGCAAGUUCUCGCUCGUGCUUUGCCAAGACGAGCAGAAUCGACAACGCUUUGAGCAGCUUGGAGCACAACGUGCACACGCUAUGGUGAACCUCAAGUUCGCGUCGCAGCGUCUCCCGGGCAAUGCAAUCGAAAAUGCUGCGUUGAAGCGUGCAAUUGGGUUGCGACCAGCAUGGGUUGCUGUCAGCACUCAUGCAGAUGAGGAGGUAAUCAUGGCACAUGUGCACACAGAACUGUCGAGGCGAUGCCGCGGCGACCAGCAGCUUUUGACGGUGAUGAUCCCGCGUCACCCAACGAGGACAUCUACAAUCGUGGAGCAACUUCGUUGCAAGUUUCCUGAACUUACCGUUGCCUUACGCUCUUGUGAUCGCCUGCCAUCACCCGCAGUGGAUAUCUUUAUCGUCGACACGAUGGGGGAAUCCGAUGUGUACUUUGACGCUAUCGCUACUGCAGUGAUUGGAGGUACUUUUGUCAAGCGCGGCGGUCACAACCCCAUUGAGCCGCUUCGAGCAGGUUGCAAUGUACUCAUGGGGCCCCACAUGGAGAACUUUGCCGACAUGUUCCAUGUACUGCAGUCGAAAGCAGCCGAGUCGCUUCAGUCGGUAAGCGGUCCACAAGAGCUUGUGGCAGUCCUGGAAACUCGCCUUCCUACCGCUGGACAAAAUGCCAGCGAUAACGCCGACGCGAUCGAUUGUGCCUCUGCAUCCGACUCGCGAGCCAAACUAGUGCAAGUGAUGGCAGACCUUGCAACUUCAACACGAUUGCAGUACAAAACACGGCUUCGUAGGUGGUUAGCGAGUCGUCAAGUGUAG